CUCCGCCCGCCCCCCAAAGUCGACCACACGCCCAGCUGUCGCCGCCAUGGGUAUCUGCCACUCGUCAUGCUGCGGAGGGCGAGCCCGUGAUGGCCUCUACGAGCCCGCUCUUGCCGACAGCGAGCGAGAGGCGGUGGCCGAUCUGCUGCAGUAUCUCGAAAACCGCGGCGAGACCGACUUCUUCUCUGGCGAACCCCUCCGAGCUCUCAGCACGCUCGUCUUCUCGGACAACAUCGACCUGCAACGCAGCGCCAGCUUGACGUUUGCCGAAAUCACAGAACGAGAUGUCCGCGAGGUCGACCGAGAUACUUUGGAACCCAUCCUCUUCCUGCUACAGAGCCCUGACAUUGAGGUCCAGCGGGCCGCCAGUGCUGCACUUGGCAACCUUGCGGUCAACACCGAGAACAAGGUCCUCAUCGUCCAGCUCGGCGGCUUGACGCCUCUGAUCCGACAGAUGCUCUCGCCCAACGUCGAGGUCCAGUGCAACGCCGUGGGAUGCAUCACCAACCUGGCUACGCAUGAGGAGAACAAGGCCAAGAUUGCCCGGUCAGGGGCUCUCGGUCCCUUGACCAGGCUGGCCAAGUCCAAGGACAUGCGAGUCCAGAGAAAUGCGACCGGCGCCCUUCUCAAUAUGACACAUUCUGACGAGAACCGGCAACAGCUGGUCAACGCUGGCGCCAUCCCCGUCCUUGUCCAGCUCCUGUCCUCUCCAGAUGUCGACGUCCAAUACUAUUGUACGACCGCCCUGAGUAACAUUGCCGUCGAUGCCAACAACAGGCGAAAACUGGCCUCCUCAGAACCCAAGCUUGUCCAGUCUCUCGUGAACCUGAUGGACUCGUCCUCGCCCAAGGUGCAGUGCCAGGCCGCCUUGGCCCUCCGCAACCUGGCUUCCGACGAGAAAUACCAGCUGGACAUUGUCCGCGCCGGCGGCCUGCAACCUCUGCUUCGCCUCCUCCAGUCGUCAUACCUGCCUCUCAUCCUCUCCGCCGUCGCCUGCAUUCGCAACAUCUCCAUCCAUCCCAUGAACGAGUCUCCCAUUAUCGAGGCAAACUUCCUCAAGCCCCUCGUGGACCUCCUGGGCUCUACCGACAACGAAGAAAUCCAGUGCCACGCCAUCUCGACGCUGCGAAACCUGGCCGCUAGUUCGGAUCGCAACAAGGCCUUGGUGUUGGAGGCUGGAGCCGUGCAAAAGUGCAAGCAGCUGGUCCUGGAUGUCCCCGUGACCGUCCAGUCGGAGAUGACGGCUGCCAUUGCCGUGCUCGCCCUGAGCGACGACCUCAAGUCCCACCUGUUGAACCUCGGAGUGUGCGACGUCUUGAUUCCCCUGACCCACUCGGAGAGCAUUGAGGUGCAGGGCAACAGCGCUGCCGCUCUGGGCAACCUGUCCUCUAAAGUCGGCGACUACUCCAUCUUUGUCCAGAACUGGAACGAGCCCAACGGCGGUAUCCACGGCUACCUCUGCCGCUUCCUUCAGUCUGGGGACGCCACCUUCCAGCACAUUGCUGUGUGGACGCUUCUGCAGCUGUUUGAAUCCGAAGACAAGACUCUGAUUAGCCAGAUUGGCAAGGCCGACGACAUCAUCGAGAACAUUCGACGCAUUGCGAACCGCCAGGUUGCCGAUCCCGAGGCCGAGGAGGAGGACGAGGGCGAGGUCAUCAACCUGGCUCAGCGAUGUCUCGAGCUCCUGGGCCAGAGCAGCGUUUCCAAGGCACACAUUGAGGGCUAAAUGCCAGCCACUUUUCCCUUUCGGUCCUAUUCCAUCUGCGAGAAAGAUUGGGUUUUUCAACUUGCAACUGUGUUUUGAAACCGUCAGACCAGGCUGCAAGGAUGAGCAGCGUGGCAUGACGAGGGCGACGGUGUUUUAGGCGUCUCAAGCUUUGUUCCAGAUCAAGCCAGGAGGGCCGUUGCCUCCCCAUGCGAGCGUCCAAGUUUGUUGGGAAAAUGGGCAACUACCCUCGCCGACCUUUGUUCGAUUCUAUGGCCUUGGUCCUUGAUUUUCGUUCGGAUACUUUGUUUUACCUCCCCGCUCAGCGAAGAUUUUCGGAUGAUAUGCUAUUCCAGGAGAGACCCCCUUAUUGUUUGCGCGAGCCGAAGCGAGGUUGCUUUGCUACGGGACGAGUAGGACAAGCACCAUGUUCGAAAGAUGCAUAUGCCGGCUUUUGUUUCCUUUGCGAUUAUUGCUUUGUUUUUUCCUUUUCCUGUUUCCUUUUUUUUCUUCUUUUUCUUUUGUACAGAUCAUAUUACGCAGCCAAUGACUGCGACUCGUUCAGCAUGCCUCUUGGA